AUCAUCGGGAGGGCUUUGUUUAUUCUGGGUCUGAGCUUCUCUCUCACUUUAACGUGAAAGUUCCCUGCUGAAAAUAAAUUCUCGAAAUAUUUAAGGAACAGCACCAAUAUUUGGAAUAUUUGGAGGCAUUUUGAAUGGAUUUGUAUCACACUGCACCAAUUUAAGGCUCUCUUUACCAUAACCACAGUCCUGCCCUUCAGCCAAAUACCCACAUACCACCAUGGCCAUCAUAGGUGCUGGCUUUGAUGACCAUUCCUUUAGCAGUGAUGAGAGUUACAACCACCUCUUCAUAGACACAGAGAACACUGUAGUUAAAGGCUUGUACUUCCAGCGUGGUCAGCUGCUCCGUGGACCACAUGCCUCUCAUUUCCUUGAUCCUUCCUUGCGGGCUCUCAUCAAUGUGGGGGGCAUCCGGUAUGCUUUUCCCUGGAGUACUUUGGAAGAUUUCCCCCAGAGUCGCCUGAGUCGCCUGCGCUCCUGCACCACCCUGAGGGAGAUAGCAGAGUUUUGUGAUGACUACGACUCCUUGCAUCAUGAAUUCUUCUUUGAUCGAGACCCUUUAGCAUUUCAAGUCAUCUUCAACUUCCUGGGGAACGCAAAACUCCGUGUGCUGCAGGACAUCUGCAAUGUAGCCCUGCACACUGAGCUGCUGUACUGGGGCAUCGAUGUGGGGCAGAUGGCACCCUGCUGCCUCCACCGCAUGAUGUGCAGUGUGGAUGAUCUGGCGCAGCAUCAGCGCAAGGAGGAAGAGUGGAGGGAGAGGAGAAGAGCGCUGAGGGCACAUGCAGAACAGGGGAGCCUGUUCCACAAGCUGGGAGAAGCAGUGGAGAACCCCCACUCAGGUUUUGCGGGCAAAGUGUUUGCCUUCCUGUCUGUCAUGAUGGUGGCGAUCACUGUAUUCAGCCUGUGCAUCAGCACCAUGCCAGACCAGCAGGAGCACGAAUCCCUGGGUGAAUGCUCUCAAAAGUGCCGCAGCAUGUUUGUGGUGGAGUCAGUGUGCGUGGCUUGGUUCACCUUGGAGUUUCUGGUGCGAUUUUUCCACGCACAGAGCAAACUGGAGUUUAUUCAAGGACCUCUCAACAUCACUGAUGUAGCUGCUAUUUUGCCUUACUAUGUUUCCUUGUUCCUGGAGUUUAAAGAUGAAACAGUGCAGGAUAUUGUUGCUGUUGCAGGGAAGAGCACUCUAGAUAAACUGGGUCUAAUUCUGCGCGUGAUGAGGGCCCUGCGCAUCCUGUAUAUAAUGAAGCUGGCCCGUCACAGUAUGGGUCUGCAGACUCUGGGGCUGACAAUUCAGCGGAGUGUGACCGACUUCGGCCUGCUGCUGCUCUUCAUCUGUGUUGCUGUGGCCCUCUUUUCUCCACUGGUCCACCUUGCUGAGAGUGAGCUGGCCCCAGAUGCUGCUAGAACCCCCCAGCUGAGGUUCAGCAGCAUCCCAGCAUCAUACUGGUGGUCCAUCAUCUCUGUGACCACCGUAGGUUAUGGAGACAUGGUGCCGCACAGCAUCCCCGGCCAAGUUGGGGCACUAAUCGUCAUUUUAGCAGGUAUCCUCAUCCUGUCUUUCCCUUCCACAUCUAUCUUUCACAUCUUUAACCGCACUUACAAUGAGCUCAAAGAGGAGCACAAGAGGCUGUGGAAGGAAGAGAGGGGUGCUGAGCUCGCCACUGAGGCCGAAGAAAGCAUGAAGGAAAGAGAAACAUGGCCUGAUGACUGGCCUGAAACAGGUUUUCUCCCUGGUCUAGAUGAUCCUUAUUACCUCUUCCUGAAAGACCUUCAGGUGCUGGAUAAGUGCACAAAUACUCAGCCACUUAUUUCUCCGGUUACUUUCUGAUUAUAUGAGUUAAGUGACCCCCCCCCCCCCUCACUGCACCUGUACACCUGAUCUUAGAGUUACCUCACCUGGCUGUGUCACAACGCCAUGUCUGCAUACUUUUGAAAAUGUAGUACAUAUAUAUAAUGAACAUUUACUGUGUAAUGUAAUAUACCGUACCUUGGUUUCAAACUGUUGUGGCUCUG